AUGACGACACCGGUCAUGACUCCGCCCCCAAUCGCAACUGACGCUCUUCGAGCGAUUUCUGAGAAUUAUUUAUUGGAAAAAUUUCGCAACCGUUCUGAAUCGAAAGACAGUCAAUCCAUCGACAAGAAAGAAGAAAUCGAUAUGAUUCAAGUUUUGUUCGAAAAUUCCAGUGAUUUGCUCAAAGUGUACGGAUCUCCUGAAGAAUUUGUCGAUAAUUUGAAGAUUUAUCGAAAUUUCACGACGAGUUACAAGUAUUUCGAGACAAAACCGGCGAUUCCAUUCUAUACAAGUCCAAUCGCAUACGAAAGUCUGAAAGGAGGGAUAUUUAUGGCCAAAGCAGAUUUCUAUGUGAUUUUAGAGAAUAUUGCACUGAGAAAUCUUCAUCCGAAAUCGAACUCAAAUUCCCACGAAGUUGGUGUGUAUUGUGCAUUUCUUGCGCAUUUUCUCAAAAUUAAAUCGAAAGAUGUCAAUCGGAAAUUGGAAUUCGUUCGAUUUGAUAAGAAGGAAAUCGAUGAUAUCGAGAAUGAGUUUGUGAAAGGAAUGGAGCUUUCCGAAGGGCCGCUCUCAACAGACACUUCAUUUCAUGGACGCAAAUCUCCCGGCGGAACGAUAAAACAAUUUAACAAGAAAAUGAGGGAAUAUCUCCCGGGAGUCGCCGAUGAUGAUGCACUUUUUCAAAGUCUGGAAUCAGCAAAUUGUAGUUUUGACAAGGAAGAAAGACCACUCCGAUUAGCUCAAUUGUUGUAUGAAUUGGAAACUAUGAGAAGUUGUUUGAAGGGAAUAAUCAAUAAACGUCCUCACUUGUUCCUUCGGAAAUCUAAGGAGACCCAACCAUCAUCACCGAUUGUCGUCAGAAUGUUUGAGGAUGGUGACCGUCAAUUUGUAAUGAACGGAGAGUUUUUGAAAGCGGUCAAUCUGGAUGUAAACUACUCGCCUAAAGUUUUUUAUGGAGUUCUUGAUAUGAAGGAAGUAUUGGAGAAAUAUAAGGAUCAUGUGGAUCAAAUUGAGUUCAUCCGUACACCAAUCCUCCGUUCGAAACACAAGGCAGUGCCCAUUCGAUUGAUAGAUAGUCUAGAGUUCUGUGUUCUCGCCGUCGAUGGUCUAUUCGAAGUUCUCAAAGAACUUAUUCUCGGAUGGAAACUGUUCCAACACACUGAAAUAUGGCCGAUAGGAAUAUUCAAGCAGAUUCAUACGGUUUUCGACCCAAAAGUUACUAAUCCAUAUUUCGUCAAUCUCGCUGUCCUGAAUAAUCUGAAAAAAUCAAUAAACCAGAACUGCCUGGCCACGUCAUCUCCACUCUCAGAGAUUCGCGACGUGAAACAACCCGGAUUCACCAUACGAAAGCUCCGUAAAGACCUGAAAUUCCUGGGACUCGAGAAUCAUUUUCCUGAAAUUACGGAUCACGCUGAAAUUGUUUAUAAAGAAGUGAUGGAAUAUCAAAAGGAGAGUAAUCCGAGAAUUUGUGACAUGUUUGAUGCGGUGGAAAAGUGCCAGUUACGCUGCAUUUUCGAUAGGGUUCCAGAGCUAAAAACCUUCCUUCACUAUCAAAAAUCGUGCUCACGAGUCAUCGGUCUUAAAUGUGACAUUUGUAAUGGCGCAGUCCCUGAGUCCAUCGAGACGAUUGAGAUUUCUGCAACGACUGAAUCACUCAAUGCUUUGGAAAUUUCGAAAUCGAGCAAAUCGAACAAGAAAAAUGAGAAGAUUGAGAAGAUGAAAAAUGAUGCAUUGACUCAACAGAAGACAAUGAAGGUAAAUAAGAAGAAAAAGAUCGCCGCCCUCGAGAAAGAAGUAUCUGAGCUGAAGGAAAAACAAGAAGAAGAUCGUGGCAAGGAACUCGAAAAAUUGACGAAGGAAAAGCUCGAACCGAGCACUCGUUGCAGUACCGCUGUAUUGAAGUUAGAAAUUUCUAGACAAGCCGCAACUAUCAAUAAAAUGGGAAGAGAGAAAGGACAACUGAAGGCGGAAAUUGCGAGAUUGAAGGCAAAUAAAACCACACUCGUCGAGGCGAAAUCCCAUAAUGUGGCAACUAUCAGUAGGUUGGAAAAAGAGAACAAAUCGUUGAAGUCAUUGAAUGCCAACAGUAUGGAAUUGAUGACAAAUGCCGUUGCUCGAGAAGAAGCAAAAUUCGAGGAAAUGCGCGAGAAGUUUUCCAAGAGAAUUGCGGAAUUGGAGCAGGAGUUGGAGAGAAACCGCCAACAAGCUCCACCCACUCCCACUCCGUCUUCCUCAGCCGUAGCCUCGUCUUCACGUAGACUAGACGGAAAUUGCGGGAAUUGCCGGACCUUCUUGAACCAAUCGGCGCCAACGAUGGAAUGUCAGCAGUGUAGAAGAAGAUUCCAUCCAGAGUGUGUAACCGGAUGUUGGGGAAUGAAAGACGUGUGUUCGCAUUGCUUGGGACAACUUCUCAUCAUCGAAUAA